AUGGCGCCGAGGAAGCGCGCUCGGGCUAGCACCCAAACUGUUGCGACACCAACUCCUACGCGAGAUGACGAUGCAAUGGACGUCGACACUCCCCAGACUGGUGAUAAUGAAGAUUCUAGCGAGACAAAAGAGCAACAGCCAGACAAUAACUACAAUGAUCUUUGGACGGAUGAUCAAGUGGCUUCAUUAUUCAAGGGUGUCAUUCGCUGGAAACCAGCUGGCAUGCACAAGCACUUUCGAAUGAUAGCAAUUUCGGAGCACUUGCGGAACCAUGGUAUCGACCCUGAUUUCUACCAGCACACACGCAUUCCGUUUAUUUGGCAAAAGCUCCGGACAUACUACAAUGUUGAGGUGAUCGAUGAAAGAGAGAACUUCGACGAUGACGAGGUCGAAUACAACGACUUCUGUUUGCCAAGACCGCAAUUCUAUGAAGCCAUGAUGGCCCGAGCCGUGGCCGACGUCAGCGAAGCUCCAACAUCACCACCCCAGCUCGAGCUUUCUCCGGCACCGUCACCCGCCAAGAAGCGCAAGCGAGGUGAUACGAAAACGAGAGGCACAUCGGUAGAAGAUACGGAGGACGGUACGGACGCUCCAUCACCACCGCCCAAGUCCAAACGAGGUGCUUCGCGACAAAAGAAGAAAGCGACCCCAGCCAGGGCUGAGAAGCAAGAAAAGGCGGAGACCACAGAAGAGGAAGAGGAUGAGGAGGACGAGGAGGAAGAAGAGGAGAGUGACGAACAAGACAGCGAGAGCUCUUCUAGUGAGGAAGAAGAAAGUGCUGAAGAGAGCGAAACACAAGUAUCAAAGUCCACACGUGGUGCCAAGAAGGGCCAGAAGGCUAAGACUACUAAAGCAAAGGCAAGACCAAAGAGGAGACGUUAA